ACAUACACAGCCUGAUUGUCUCAGUUUGCACACCACACAGUAACUGAGCACAACACAUAGAACAAAAUUCCCCAAUAUUGUUGUUUCAGAUCUAGAAAAUUUGUUCACUUCAUUCUGCAGAGCGACUGAGGAUUCCCUAGUUAAGACUACCCCAGAGAACCUCAAGCUCUAGUCUAGUCAGUGAAAUAAAAGAUGGCCGAGAAGAAAGCUGCGGACCAGAAAGAUAUAGCCAGUGGAUCCAAGAGCCGAACAAGCCGCGUGGGGGCCCAAAAUAAUGCUAUAUUUGCUCGACUUUUUGCCAGUUUGGAUGCCGAACAUCGUAAGCUGAAGGAGUUGGAGGCGCGCAGAUCGCAGGUCAUUGAAGAAAUGAAAAACUUAAGGACUCUACUCUUUGCGGAGAAUCAAAAACUGCGGCAGACCGUGGCGCCCAUGCCGGGAAGUAGUCCCUUACCCAUUCCAGCCACCAGUGCUAGUCCCGUCGUGAAAAAUAGUUCUGGGAAAUCCUCGGUUACAAUUGCCGAACCACCAACACAAAGACCCAAGGCGAGUACUUCCCAGGUUUUAAAGAAAAAGGGAAACCGACGAGGUCUUAUGGUUCCAACAAGGAAAAGCAAACAGAGAAUCGCGCUGGACAACAUAUCAAAUACCAGAGAGGACAUGUUAGACGAGAUCGAUGCAUCCGCGGGCUCCAAUUUGCGGACUUUGGAGCUGCGAAGAUCCAAUUUAGCGGAUCGAGCAGAUGUAGACGAAGUUUUGGUCUCGCUGCCAGCACUAUUUACUUUGUGGAAUCCCAAUUUGCAGACCACAUCUGAUAGCAACGAUUCUAAGGCCUUGGAAGUGCUUCAUAAUGCCGACCAAGAUGCAAGCUUUUAUCUGCCAAGUGCCGAUUCCUUGUUCAAGGACAUUCUGGGAGCUGAUUCAACCCCCAUAGAGCUGAAUUUGGCGGAAAUCGUUGAAAAUGAACACGACGCUGAUUAAAACCCCAUUCUCGAGCUUCUUCUGAUAGCUAAUCAAACUCUGAACUGCAGCGAUUACUGGAUCUGGCAACAAUAACCCAAUGCAGACAUUAAAUUCAACAAA